CUUUCUUUCUCAGGCGGGAGAUAGAAGCAGCUGUGUCGAUGGCGGAGCCCUACUACCCAUACGCUGCUCCGGCUGCCGCUGACGGAGCAAGUAUUGCGAGAACUAGCUUUGCUGGUUAUUUUCCAUCCGAGGCACCAUCGUUGUUUGCUUCUCCUCAUCCUCAUGUAUCAAAUUCGACCGAAUUGCGGGGCUUUGGAUCAGAUUACCUGCAGAAAGAUAUAAACCUGUUGCGGAUGGGGCCAUACGGUGUUGGUGAUUCUAUGGGAUCGAGAGUGCAUUCUGAACCUGUUAUUGUUCCAGCAGUGCCUAGCAUUAAGGGUUAUUCAUCUCUCGAAGAUCCUGAUCUAAAUAAAAAACGAGAUACUCCUUCGGGUAUUGAUCCAGGUGUUCCUGCUAUAAAUAAUGAAACACCAGUCUCUAAAAGCAAUUACGAUGGUCUUCCAAUUUCAGCGGCAGAAUCAAACAUUUUGUUUGUGGAUGGACUUCCAAAGGACUGCACUAGAAGGGAAGUCGGCCAUCUUUUCCGGCCCUUUAUUGGCUAUAAGGAUAUCAGAGUUGUUCACAAGGAGCCUAGACAUAGUGGAGACAAGGCUAUGAUUUUGUGUUUUGUGGAGUUUAAUGAUUCCAAAUGUGCUCUCACUGCUAUGGAAGCUCUGCAAGGCUACAAGUUUGAUGAUAAAAAGCCUGACUCGCCGACCUUAAAAGUUCAGUUUGCACACUUUCCUUUCCGUUUGCCACCUGAUCAUGGUCAGCAGCUUAUUAGUAUGACAAACUCACACUGAUUGGAAAUGCUUUUCUGGGGUGAGAAUGUGUGUGAUGCCGCUCAGAUAAAUUCUAUUUGAUGGAGAACUUUGCUUUUAGAUUCAAAAUUUAAGCUGUGGCCUGGCUGUUGAAUAUUGAUUAUAUGGAUGCAAGAAUCAUUUUCUGGCCACAAGCGAAAAUUUCAAACUACAAUGUUGGUUAGAAUUUUCAUGGUUACUUUUCGGCCCCUAUCAGUAAAGCCUUUUCUCGAUCACGGGGUAAAGAUAUUGCUUUGUACAUUUGAGUUUUGAACCUUCGUAGAUCCCACAACGGUGGGAGUUUCAUGUAUUGGUAGUCAGGAGUUGUUUCAAUGAGUUCUGGCAUCACUUUGUGCAUUAUAUCAUAGAUCAUGAUAUGCUAUAUACAUUACUUUAGUAUACUGUCUCCCCCAUCGGAGGGGGAUCCAGGUUCCCGGUGGUUAUUUGAAUUUUUUUCAAAAGCUGAUUAAACGGCUUCCCGCCACUUACAUGUGCCUUUGUAUGCCGAUGAUUUAU